AUGCAGCAGGGUGAGGCAUGGAUGCAGCAGGGUGAGGCGUGGAUGCAGCAGGGUGAGGCGUGGAUGCAACAGGAUGAGGAUGGAGGGAAGAGGGCGGGGAUGGGGGUGACGGGGGACGAGGAUGGAGGGAAGAGGGCGGGGAUGGGGGUGACGGGGGACGAGGAUGGAGGGAAGAGGGCGGGGAUGGGGGUGGCAUCUUUAACGACGAUGACACAUGCGACUCAGUAUGGAAAACGUCACACGCAUGCAGACACCGUUGGACCAGUUCUUUUCGCACACACGCACUCGGACUCUCUCUCGGUGCGCAUCCGUCGGGUUGCGAGUCUUGGAUUCCCUCAUGCCGUCGUCGUGGAGCUCCUUCGUCCUGGUCGCGUCGUCGAGGAAAAGGACGGAAAGGGACGGAGUAGGGAUCGAGAGAAAGGAAUUACCAAUUGGAGUAGGCACACGAAGGGAGUCUUCCUUUUCCUGGAAGGUCACAUCCUGAUCCCAUCAGUGGCGUAG